CUAAGCUGUCCAGGCGGCUAGCUCAGCUCAAAGAUGGCUCCCCAAAAGACUUCCAUUUCGGCCACCAUGAUGAUCUUCAUCAUGGCGUUCAUGGCGGCUAGCUGCAACUCUCGUAUUCUACUGGGCAACAACAAUAUGAUGGAAGGCGCUGACUUUGUUGACCAGCAGCGUCAAGAGACGACUGGGAGCAGCAGUGGUGCUGCUAUAAACAUGCCGCCGCCGCCGGCUGAUGAUGAGAAGAAAGAUAAACAUUUAUUCCGUCCGAACUUAGAGGUUUCUCCCCCGCCACCGCCGCCUGUUCCGCCAAUCUUUCCGCUCCCAUUACCACCCCUCCCACCUUUCCCCUUCCCACUACCCAUCCCUGGAACUCCUCAAUUGCCCCUUCCAGUACCACCGCUUCCGAUUCCGAAUAUCCCUGGACUACCACCACUCCCGCCUCUUCCCUUUCCGAUUCCGAAUAUCCCUGGGCUACCACCGCUCCCGCCUCUUCCCAUUCCGAUUCCGAAUAUCCCUGGGCUACCUCCGCUCCCGCCUCUUCCCUUUCCUAUCCCGGGAACUCCACAACUGCCACGGCCGGUACCGUCUGUACCACCGGUUCCGAUCCCGGGAAUCCCUGGACUCCCUCCACUACCACCGCUUCCAAUUCCAAUCCCGGGAACUCCUCCACUGCCGGUACCGCCCGGUCCGGUUCCCGGCAUCCCCGGACUCCCUCCCCUGACGCCGCUUCCGAUUCCGAUCCCGGGAACUCCUCAACUGCCGCUUCCACCACCACUUCCAAUUCCUAGUGUACCUGGACUACCUCCUCCCCCAGCAUAGGCGGCGCCGGCGGUGGCACGAGUAGUUAAUAAUUAUAUUAUCCUAGAUGACAGUGCAUGCAUGUUAGGAGUAUAUGUAUAGUACUACGUACGUUCUUAGAGUUUUUUUAAUUUUCGUCCUUUUUAAUAAUUCAUGGAGUUAAAUUAGUUCAUUAGUUUCUAUAGUGAGUAGUAACUAUCUUCUUAACUGCCAGUGUUGUCUGGAUAAUGUGUAAAAUCUAAGCUCAAUAAAAAUGUUUCUAUA